CAUUUCCUUAACCCCGUUAAAGGAUCAUUUUAGCACAUACUGACUCAAGAAAAUGAAUUAAAAAUAUGAAAACGUUGCAUAGCAUUCUUUUAAACUAAAUAUAGUGACAAGUGUUAAAUUUUAGUUGAAUUAUUUUUCAUAAAGUCAAAAUGUCAAGUUAAAAUGAUGUCUAGUGAAAAGUCACCAUGAAAGAAUAAAUAAAAUAAACACUAUUUCCAGAAAAUGUAAAAUAGUUAAGAAAUAGAAAACUUAGGUUAUGUUUUAAGGCUUUUGUUUUGUUUUUAUUGUAAUUAAUGGUAUCAGGUUUUUUUUUAUAAAGUAAACCAACGUAAACUAAAACUAAAGCUAUAUAGGCUGUGUGUGUGUGUGUGUGUGUGUUGCAUGAGAAUGCUUGAGACUCUUAUUGUGAAAGAUUACAGGAAAUUAUUCAAAAAUUCUCAUUGUGGUUACUAAAACUUGUCUUCUUUUGUUUUCUUUAUAAGGAAUUUUCUUCAACUUGACGUUUUGUGUUGCUUAUGUUACAUUAGUAAUGGGGAAACUAAUAUUUCGACUUUAAUUGGACACUUUUAUCUCUUGGCAGUGACUCCGUGGUACUGCCCUGUUAAAAAAAAAAAAAGAGUAAAAUCACCCAACCCGCGCAACCAAUCAGCCAGCAGUGCAGAGGCGAUCUGACUCAAUCCGCACCCAGGCUUUAUUCUGCGCUCACAGGUGCAGCUAGUUAACACAAUCCAGGUGAUGCAGCAGCAUCACCGCUGGACCAGUGAGGAUGCAGAGGAGUGCAUCGGCCACUGAGAUGAGGAGAGAGCUUCCAUAAUGAGGUGACUCAGGUGUCCAACAAGCCGAUGGUUCCUGAUAAUGAAGCGAGUCGUUCCAGCUCGUGCGCAUUUUGCGCUCCCACCGCGUCCCGAACGCCACCGGGUUAACGGGGAUCUCCAAUGCCAGUCCGACGUUUCGCCCUCCGCAGCUGCAGCAAUGGAAAGCUCGUGAGUGGUUCCCAGGAGUCGGUUCUGAAAUCUUUGUUCUUCUCUCCGUGGAGACCGUUGGAGGAUUUUGGGACCGUUGGGAUUUUUGAUUUGCAACUUAAGGUGAAACUUUCUAAUUUUGUGAAUAUUCCAAACAAGCACGCGCAGAAACAGGAGAGGAUUUAACGUACAGCCGUUAGUCUGUUUAUUCUGACUCUGGAGUGAUGAACCGGCGAAUUUUGAACUUUAUUUUGUGGAUAUUAAACGUGUUGUUUUAUUGGUCUUGGACUGACGCACAGAUGGGGUUUGACGGUCCACUCUCUGCCCAGGAGCAGAUGUUCAUCCUGUAUGAAGUCAAAAUGCAGUGCUACCAGAACCUGUCCAGUAUGGAACCAGCAACCACAGAUGAGCUGUGUCCUCGUGACUGGGACGGUCUUAUUUGUUGGCCCCAAGGCUCACCUGGGCAGGUUACAAAGGUUCCCUGCCCCUCUUACAUCUAUGACUUCAAUCAUAAAGGGCACGCUUACAGGAAGUGUGAUGCCAAUGGGUCCUGGGUCUUUGUGGAGAACUGGAAUAAAACAUGGACCAACUACUCAGAAUGUCUCCGUUUCCUUCAGCCUUUCACUGAUGAAGAGGCAAGACAAGACUUCUUUGAGCGUCUGUAUGUCAUGUACACCACCGGCUACGCCGUGUCCUUCAGCUCCCUGCUUGUGGCCAUCAUGAUCAUUGGAUAUUUCAGGCGUCUUCACUGCACCAGGAACUACAUCCACAUGCACCUGUUUGUGUCUUUCAUGCUGCGAGCCGUCAGCAUCUUUGUCAAGGACAAAGUUGUUUAUUCAAGUGCCGGAUUGCAAGACUUUGACUCAGCACUGCUGGACAACGUGAAAACAGUCAGUGUUGCAUCACUGGACAAGUCUCAGUAUAUCGGAUGCAAGGUGACCGUGCUGCUCUUCAUCUACUUCCUGGCCACAAACUACUACUGGAUCCUGGUUGAAGGUCUCUACCUGCACAGUCUCAUCUUCAUGGCAUUUCGAUCAGAUUCCAAAUACCUCUGGGGCUUCAUACUCAUAGGAUGGGGUGUUCCAGCUGUUUUCGUGGCGUUAUGGGCAGUUGUCAGGUUGACGCUGGCAGAUGCAAGAUGCUGGGAGUUAAGUGCUGGCAACAUUAAAUGGAUUUACCAGGUACCCAUCUUGACAGCAAUAGGGCUCAACUUCAUUUUAUUUGUGAAUAUUGUCCGAGUGCUGGCCACAAAGCUUAGAGAGACCAACGCAGGCAGAUACGACACCAGAAAACAGUACAGAAAAUUGGCCAAGUCCACCCUGGUGCUGGUUCUGGUGUUUGGUAUCCACUACAUCAUCUUUGUUGGGAUGCCUCACACGUUUGAGGGACCGAGCUGGGAGAUCCGCAUGUACUGUGAACUCUUCUUCAACUCAUUUCAGGGCUUCUUUGUGUCCAUUAUCUAUUGCUACUGCAAUGCUGAGGUCCAGACAGAAAUAAAGAAAACGUGGACUCGCUGGAACUUGGCCUUUGACUGGGAGGGCCCGGUGGUCUGUGGCCGCUACCGCUACGGCUCUGUGGUCGUGGGUCUGAACAACAACAGCACCAGCAGCCAGUCUCACCUGGCCGGCGGUGGCAUCUCAACGCGCUCCACCACGCUGGCUUCGAGUCGCGUCAGUCGAAGCACGUGUCCACCCUCCAUCAACGUGCACGCUACCCUUCCAGGGUAUGUCAUGACUAACUCGGAUCCAUCCAUACCGGAGGAACUGGAGGACAGUGGGCCCAAACAAGUGGACGAUAUCUCUCUGAAGGAAAAUCUCCCCGCUCUGAAUACAAGUGCAGUGCCUGAGGAUGAGGAGGAAACACUGUAGCAGAAAACAGGAAGAAAGAAGAGACUGGUGGAGAACGCGAUGGAGUCCGACACAUGGCUGUCUCGUGGAUUGCUAAUACCUGAAAAGGGAUGCAGGAUGAACGCUACAUGGACGAGUCCACUCAGAAGAGACCGCGGUUUUGAAUGCAAAUGUAUUCAUUCAUCAAACAGCUGAGAGAAUCAUGAAGUUUUUAGGUGGUUUUGAAACAAGCAUACCUGUUUUAUACCACUUUAAACUCUGCUGAGCCUGUUUUGCUGUAAUGUUUAAGGCUUUGUGGGUUAAAAAAACCAAAUGAUCACCAUUUAUGUAAAAAUAUUUAGUAUGUUGGCUAGCAGAUGAGAGGCUCGAGACAACUGAAGCGCUCUUGUGUUCCUCCUGAAGCAACUCGAUUUUUCCAACAGCACCUGAAGUCCACUUACAACUUGCUGCAAGCAUGAGGUCAAACCAUUGAUGAUUUCAUGAAAAUACUUUUUGUAAGCUCCUUUUUUGUUGCUGCUGCUAACUUUUGUGCAUAAUUCAUGCGUUUUGUCAAAGUACAACCAAGAAAAGCACACAGACUUGUGUUUGGUUAUGAAUAAUUGUAAGACGGCAGCACUAGUAGCAUGACAGCUGUAAAAAAAUCAUCAGCAUCUGGAGCUAAAGCUUUGUUUUCCUAAAGAAGAGUCAAUCAAAUGUGAAAUUGUUAAAGUUUUAGUGUUUACUAUUAUCCAUCAUCUGAUUGCAAAUGGAUAUAAACUCAAGAUAUGUGAUGCUUUAUGUCUUUUGUGCAUUUAAGGCCCGCAAAAUGUUGCAAAAAAGUCAGUUAAUUAAGGGCUUGUUCAGUUUGUAAGUGACGUUUCACAAAUGUGACAUCUUUAAGAGUCUUUGUUCUAAUUGCUGACUGAACAGAAGUCUCUAUCAUAAAAAAACUAUGCAUGAGAAAUCAAAAGUUUCAAAUCAAUCCUCUUCAAAGAAAGAAUGAAAGGGCUUUGCAUAAAAAGUUUGAGCGAGACAGGCAAAACUGGACAUCAAGAAAAGACCUCGAAAACCUUCUUGGUGAUCUUGUGAUUCAGGAUUCCAGAGUUGUUUUUUGUUUUAGAGGAAACAAAGCCCGUGUGCUCUGGAUCAAAGAUUAAAACGACCCUACAAAAUGUUCCCAGCAGGGAUUCCCAAGACCCAGGUUGUGUGAUGUGAGGUUGUUUCAGCACCCCUGGCAAAGCUCAUCUCCACAUCUGUGAAGUCUGAAUAAUGCAGAACAAGUCUGAGCUUCUCCAGCAUCCAAAACCCAGAGGACAACAUCUUUUCCAGGGACAGCUGUGCAUUUUUCAAAAAAGAAAAAGUAAACUGGCUAUCUGCAUGCAUUAAAUGACUGAAACAGAAGAAGGGGAGAGGCGAAGACUCUUCUGUGUGUUUGAAAGAUAAAAGGAAGACGGGAAGACCACAACACUUGAUUCUCAGUGCCAGAAAGUCUCGUCAGGUUCAUGCGACAAAUCAUUUGGAUUGUUUAAUUUCUUCGGGUUAGCAUCUUGUAGUCAUGUCCUUUUGAAGCAAUCCAAACUGAAUUCUGAUGAGCGAAUGAUUAAAAAACAAAAACCUGCAGAUGGUGAAGGCAGAGAUUCCCUGAGAGUUGAGAACUCCAACACCUGUGGUCACUACUGUGGUCACUACAACACUUGCAAACAUGGCAGCGGUUUUUGGCGAGAGUCAUCCAUGUGCACGUUGGGAUCUCACUUUAAUUUGCAUUUGUGUCACAGUCCAGAAAAAAUGUCUAUUAGCACCACUUUCUGCUAGUUACAGCUUUUUCUAAUCUUUUCAGUGGCAUCCUGGAUGCUUUUGGUUCGUUUUGAUGGAAAAUCUGACAAUUCUGGUUCCUAAAAUCUCAUCAACAGGCAUCCAAACAUCCAACAUAAGUGCCUCAUGCCUAACUAGUCAUCAAUGCCUACUGUAUUGUGAAUUUUUUGCACUUUUGCCCAUUUUUGCUUCAUACAAACCCUUCUGUUCAGCAUAAAUCGAUGCACACAAUGCAACAGCACUCUGUCGAUGCUGUUGAUGCCUUUUUAUCGACUGAACUGAGUGACUUUGAUGAACUGAGAAGCUCAAGCCAAGGUCAAACACUCUAAAUGUGCAAACAUUGUGAAUAGUUUUGAAAUCUGUAAAGAAAAUUUACAACUGUACAGAAAACAAUGUAUUUUUUUCUUGAUGUAAAGUGUUCAAACGUUCAAAUAAAAAUAAAUGUUUGUGUGAAUUACCAGUACUAGAGUACAUGGCUUAUGAGAGACCUGAGUUGCAGAAGAAAGACUGCUCAUUUUUACGGGCUAGCUGUGAAGCAGGACAGUACAGCAGCGUGUUGCACGCUUGUUUUUCAGUGCCUCUCAGCUGCAGCAGAAGCUUUAAAAACUUCACUUAUUUUUAAUCUGAAUGUUGUCAGUUUUGACUGUCUCUCUCUAUCUGUUCCUACAGUACUUCUCUGUGAUAAUUAUGCCUUCUCUUCUGUCUUUCAGCUCAAAUAAAUGUUGAAUGUUUUCAUCUUUUAAGCUGCCUUUAAUUCACCUGCUGUCAAAACGCAGCAAUUUGCCGCCCAUAAAAUCA